UCGCACGUGCAUUCUCGCAAUGCCAUCUUUAUCUCACUAGCAAUUCAACGACUUGCGGGCAAUCGUUAGGCCCGCGCCCUCGCCAUGGGUGUCAACGGACUCUGGACGGUGGUCCAGCCGUGCGCACGGCCAACUAACCUGGCAACGCUCAACCGAAAGCGUCUGGCGGUAGAUGCGUCGAUCUGGAUCUACCAGUUCCUCAAGGCCGUUCGCGAUAAAGAAGGCAAUGCGCUGCGCAACUCUCACAUUGUGGGCUUCUUCCGCCGCAUCUGCAAGCUUCUGUGGUUUGGCAUCCAGCCCGUCUUUGUGUUCGACGGCGGCGCCCCGGCGCUGAAGCGAGCAACGAUCCAGAAGCGCAAACAGAGGCGAGAGGGCAGGCGGGAAGAUGCUGUCCGAACGGCGGGAAAGCUUCUCGCCAUCCAGAUGCAGCGACUUGCGGAAGAGGAGGAGGAAAAGCGCAAAAGGGAAAAAGAGAGGCCGCGAGCAUUGAGAGCGGCGGAGGAAGAAGAAGAAGUCAUACCCGAUGCCAAGGACUUGGUAUAUGUCGAGGAGAUUGGCAUGUCCCAGCAGGAGAGGAUGCGCAACCGCAAGUUCUACAAGCAGGAUGCCUAUCACUUGCCGGAAAUCGAGGGUGGGAUAGCGUCGAUGGGGAAGCCGGACGAUCCUCGAAUCAUGAGCGUGGAGGAGCUGGAGGAAUAUGCCCGGCAAUUCAACAAUGGAGAGGAUAUCAACUUAUACGACUUCAGCAAGAUUGAUUUCGACGGCGACUUCUUCAAGAGCCUUCCACCGCCGGACAGGUACAACAUUCUCAAUGCGGCUCGGUUGAGGAGUCGGCUCAGGAUGGGUCUCAGCAAAGAGCAGCUCAACGACAUGUUCCCUGACCGCAUGGCCUUUUCUAGGUUUCAGAUCGAGCGUGUCAAGGAGAGAAAUCACCUGACGCAGCGGCUCAUGUACGAGGUCGGCAUGUCGGGUACUGACUUGACACUAGGCGUCAACGCUCGUAUUGCCGGUGAGAGAGAUCGAGAGUACAUCUUGGUCAAGAAUGAGGGUGUCGAGGGAGGCUGGGCUCUCGGAGUCGUCAGCAAGGACAAAGACGUUGGAAAAGCCCACAAGCCGAUUGACGUGGAUGCCGUUCAGUUUCACUACCAGACAAAGGAUGAGAAGAGUGAAGACGAUGAGGAUGAAGACGAUGAUUUUGAAGACGUACCAAUCGAGGGAUUCAACCGACUACCUAAGCUGUCUCAGUCCAAUAUGGCGAGCCCUGCCACCACCGAUGGCAACAAUGAAGGCUCUCUGUUUGUUGGAGGGGAAAUGGAGCCCAUUGAGGCUUCAUUAGAUGACCAAGUCGGGGAAACUAUGCAUCCAGAAGAGGAGGAGGACCUCAAUUUCGCCAUUGCUUUAUCACUACAGAACCAACAUGGCAUUGGUCGAGAAUUGGGAGACAACAAUGAAGUUGAGAAUGACGCUCGAGACAAGCCAGAGUGGACUCAAGUUGCCGUGGAGGCGCCAAAGCCCAUCGGCCAUCGCAGCGGCUCCAUGAUUGCGCACAUUGUAAACAACCGAGCCAACGCGGCGGUCCCCAAACGCCAAGAAGCCCCAGUCGAACAGGAUAAAGCAAAGGACAGCGACAGUGAUGACGACAUGCAAGCAAUCCUGGCACGAUCGCGGAGGAUGAAGAAGUCUCAGCCAAAGCCAGUCUUUGAGAACAAGAAGAACCCGUUCGACGGGCCCUUGCCAUUUCCAAAGCUAGAUUGGGGGUCUUCUCUUUUUGCAAAGAAGAAGAGUACGCGGGAAGAAGAGCCAAUCGUGAUUUCAGCAGGCGGUGAUGGCGGACUAGCCAAAGAAGAAGAACCAGAGCAGGAAGCCUUGGGCGGCGGCUUCGAGGUGGAACAGCAGGAGGAGGAUGGGCCCAGGCCUCUCCCUCCAUGGCUAGUAGACGACAGCACGGAUAUCCGAGAGGCAAUCAAGAAGCAGCAGGACGUCGACAGGGAGAUCAACGCUCAAGACCGAGCCGAAGCGGAGGAGGAGGAGAGACUCCGGCGACGAGAGUUGCGGGACCAGUUGAUUGAAAUUGAAUCUUCGGAUGACGAGGAGGGCACAAAAGAUGUCAAGGUCAUUGAAAUACCGCCGUCCCCAGAAGCAGCAUCUGCAGAUGCAGUUCCAGACGUCAAGUCGCCCACUGCCAAACCAGCUGAGGAGGAGAUGGAGAAAAUAGACGAGGAAUCUCCGGAGCCCGAAUUUGAACAAGUCCUCGGCCUUGAGCAGCCCGCUGCCCCGAGCGUCCCUGUUCUAGAAGCACAGGAGACCCGUGACUCGCCGGAACCCGAGUUUGAAGAUGUCCAACCACCAGACAGCACAUUAGAAGGGGAUGCUCAAGCAGCGGCUUUCCUAGCAGAGGCUGCUUCUUCAGGCCGUCCUCCAGCAGAAGCUACUCUUGGCAGCACCACGAUUGCGGACGAUGACUUCUUUAACGAUGAUGUUGAAUAUGACGAGUUCAGCGAUCCUGAGGAUGAAGAGCUCCUGGCGCAGAUGGCUGAAGAAGCAGAGGAACAUGCUCGCUUCGCCAGCGAAUUGAACAACAAGUCGACUCAGCAGAACAGGGAAGACUACGAGAGAGAAUUGCGGGCCCUCCGAAACCAGCAGAAGAAGGAUCGCCGAGACGCGGACGAAGUGACGCAGACGAUGAUUGCAGAGUGCCAGGCUCUGCUUCGCCUCUUUGGCAUCCCGUACAUCACGGCACCGAUGGAAGCAGAAGCGCAGUGCGCUGAGCUGGUCCGGCUGGGCAUGGUAGACGGCAUUGUCACAGACGACUCGGAUACCUUUCUCUUUGGCGGGACACGGGUCUACAAGAACAUGUUCAACAGCAACAAGUUUGUCGAAUGCUAUAUCGCCUCGGACCUUGAGAAGGAAAUGUCGCUAUCACGAGAGCAGCUCAUUUCUCUCGCUCAGCUUCUGGGAUCGGACUACACAGAAGGGCUACCAGGCGUCGGCCCGGUCACCGCCGUUGAGAUCCUGUCCGAGUUUCCCGGCAAAGAUGGCCUUGUGCAAUUCCGCGAAUGGUGGAAGGAAGUUCAGUCCCAGACGCGGCCCAAGGAGGCUGACGCCUUUUCUCCCUUUCGACGCAAGUUCCGCAAGUCACAAGCCACCAAACUCUUCCUGCCGCUUGGCUUUCCCAGUCCAGCAGUCUACGAGGCCUAUCUGCACCCGAUGGUCGACAGCAGCACCGAGAAGUUUCAAUGGGGCGUGCCUGACGUGGCGGGGCUGCGAGAGUAUCUCAUGGCCACGAUCGGCUGGAGCAAGGAGCGCACCGACGAGGUGCUUGUGCCGGUGAUUCGGGACAUGAACAAGCGGGAGAUUGAGGGGACACAGAGCAACAUCACGAGGUUCUUUGGCGGGAGCGUUGGCGCCGGCGCAAGGGAGACGUUUGCUCCCAGGCAGCGAGUCCAGGGGAGCAAACGGAUGGCGGCUGCGGUGGAUCGACUGAGGGCGAAUGUGGCCGGGGAAGAAGAGGAGGAGGAAGAGGAAGCUGGGGAUGGUUCAGGGGUGAAUAAACGGAGAAAGACCACUAGACAAAGGCGUGGGUGAGCUAGAGGGACUGGCUCUGUGAGAAGACUAUGAUCUCGUUGGAUUUGGUACACAGAGGGACGCAUAGUCACUGUCAUAUCAUUGCUUGUCUAGCUGUAUGACUGAGGCAGAACUUGGUUGCAUCUUGUACUGGUAUCGGUAUAUCAAGGGUAGGUAGAUUAGAGUGAGCACGUGCGCACUUCCGGCCUGGAACGUCAUGUGAGAUGCAAAGUGACGGGCAGUGCAUUGACAUCCUUUACCAAAACAAUAGUGCUUGCAUACUCGACUCUUCA